AGGCUGUGAGCUGUGGGCACUGCGUGUGUCUGUGUCUGUGCCUGUGCGGUUGUGAGUGUGCGUGCCGGGCACUCUCUCUCCUGGUGCCCCGGGUGCUGUGGUGUGCCAGGAUUCACUGCCACCACGGCCGGCCGGAAGAGGAAGAGGGACUUGGGACACCUUUGGGAGGCAGUCUGAAGAUCCUGGGAGUCUCCAGAGGGGAGGGCGCCCUCCUCCAUCCCUGCUGUGGCUUUGGCUCCCCUGCUCACUCCUGAGCACCACACGUGAGGCGGCGUCUCUUCUGGCCCCGACCCAUUAUCACCUUUAGAGAAGCACGAGGAACCCUAGAGGCACCAUGGCCAAGGUACCGGCUGGAACCCGCUCAGAUGGUCUACUUCACCAGAGCAUCGUGGAAGGUCUAGCCACCAUGACCAGAGAAGACAUACACCGGCUCCUCUCUGAUUGGCAGGCCUGGGAGACGGUGAUGGAGCAACUUUGCUUGGAAAGGGAUGAAGCCAAUGCGCUGUACUAUAUCGUGGUCCAGGAGCUGAUGCGACGGGAGGAAGGGUUCGGGCCAUCUGGGAACCUGUCCCAGGAGGAGAUGAUGUUUCUCCGAGAGUUCCCCUUGCGGAAGCAUAAGCUGGAAAACGCUAUCAGCGAACUUCGCAGCAUCGCAGACCAAGUUGACACCACCCACAGGAUGCUCACCAAGACCAGCCUGGUGGCCAGCUCCUCGGGGGCGGUGUCCGCCGUCAUGACCAUCAUGGGUGUGGCCCUGGCACCGGUGACAGCAGGAGGAAGCCUGCUGCUCUCAGCAGCAGGGCAGAGCCUGGGGUUAGCAGCUGCCGCCACCAACAUUUUGACAAGUGUCUUAGAUAAUAGGAGCAAUUCGGCAGCAAGAGACAGAGCCAGCAGACUGGCGGGUCUCCCCACAGCCCCGGAGGCUGGAACCGGUGAAGAGACACAUUCCUCUAAAGGAAUUUUUGUUCAGAGAUGUGUUAACACUCUCGGGAGCAUCAGGCAGCUUCGUGCCUUCCAGAGGGCCCAGGCCAACCCCGGCUUCAUUGAGAGGGUCAGGAACUUCGUGGCCACAAGGCGUGUGCCCUUCUGGAGGGCCACAGGGGUGCAGAGGGCGGCAGGGGCGCCUGCUCUGGCUAUGACCGGCGGUGCCCGGAUGCUGAGCGUAGCUGGGGCUGGCUUCUUGCUCAUGCAUGAUUUGAGAAGCAUCCAGGAGAACUGGAGGCACCUGGAAGAGGGGGCGAGGACGGAGACGGCCGAGGAAUUGAGGGCGCUCGCCCGGGAGCUGGAGCAGGAGCUGGACCAGCAGUCCCAGCGCUAUGAGCUGACCAUCCAGAAGCUGGAGAGGAGCUCGUCACUGAACCAGGAAAGAGGAAGAAGGACAAGGCUGCCGAGGAUGAGUGGUGCCGAGGAUGAGUGGGGAUGCUAACCAGCUGGUCAGGCUGGCCCCAGCAGAGGCAAUAUUCAAGUCUUCAACCAGGAACAGGUCUGCCUGCGACAGGGCACCCAGAGAGGGUGCUAGGAGACCUGCAGCGCUUUGCGGUAACCCCUGGGGACUCCAGAAAUACCAGGGACCAGACUAGAUUUGCAAGACAUCAGACGCUCUGUGGGGGCGGACAGGGUUAGAGUCCAAGGAGACCUAAAUAUACAUGUCAGUUUCGACUGGGGCUGAGACACAUUUAGAACACGUGUAUUUUCCAAAUGGUAUGUAACUACACAGUGCAAUUAUAAUCAAAUGGGAAAACCGCUUUGUUUUACAAUAAGCUAUGCUCUGCUCCCCUGCCACCCCCACUCCUCACACGGUCCCCACCCUGUCACUACAGUCACGCCAUGCACGCAGUCUUUGUUGCUCAAGCUUAGGUAGGGUCUACAUUCCCAGUGGCCAGGAGAAGGCAGCGAUUCGAGAAAAGCCAUUACUGGGAGGAAGUUAUCACUUCAUAGCAGCAGAAUUUAUAACUGAAAAAUGGGACACCCUUAAAAUGUUCCAACACUAGGAGACUGGUGCAAUACAAGCUCGUCAUCCACGGAAGAGACUAUUAUGUAGCCAUCAAAACGAUGCUCAAUAGUUGGAUUAACAUGGAAAAUGUUGUUUUAUCAAGUUAGGUGAGGAAAGCAGAAUGAAAAUUAUAUACUUUCUCACCUUUUACCUAACCAGAAGAAACAUCUCUCAAGCCUGUGUGUAGAAACACACACACACACACACACACACACACACACACACACACACAAGCGCGUGCAUGCACACACACACACAUA